AUUCUGAAAAGCGACCUUUUGAUAAAAGUUUGCCACUUCUUAUCUCGAUAAUCAAUUUGUCACCUGUAAAAAAGUCCCCUGCAUAAGCGCGUUUGCGAUUUUUUUUGUUCCUAAAUCCGGCUAACAUCGAUAAUAUAGAGAUUUGACGCGCCCGCAGCUGCACAGCUGUUCAUUAUGAUAUAGGUCUCUCUCUCGCCUCGCAUGCUUUUGUGGCCGGCUUCUCAGCUGACACUAAUACUCUUGCAAUACGCGUGGCACAGAAAAGUAAUCUCCACAUUUCGCAUCCCACCCAUCAUCAAUCGUUUGAAGAUUGCCAUCCGCAUCGCAGAAGCAAACAAACUCCGGUCCCACCGAGUCGAUUGACGAACAACGAUCUAAUGUCCUCUUGAAAUUCGAACUGUGUGUGACCUUUGGCAUCAGUGUAAAUUAGGAGCGAAAAUUUUGAGGGGUUUCACCAAUCACCAAUCCUGUGGCCAUGCUGCACCGGUUCAUCACGCGAGGGCUCAAGAGUUCCAACAAUAUUGUCGUUCGGCCGAAUCAAUUCCCCCAGCUGCAGAUACGCGUCUUUUCCAAUCAAUUUGUUGCCGCGGCCGGUGGUCGUGAAACAACAAUUGAUAAUCGUGGGGGAUUCGGCAUAAUUGGAGUGGCUCGCUGCAAACAGCCCCUCACGAUGACCACCAGGGGAAAAAGUUCAAAGGCGACAACCGGAAAUAUCGGAGUCUACAGUUUGACCAAAAAUUUGCACUUCUACAGCUCUAGUCGAGAUAACUGGGCCAAAGAUUCUAAGACGUUAAGACUAACAACCCAGCUGGACAAACCUCUGGUGAUAAUUUUCGCCUGGCUGCUCGCAUCGGAAAAGCACCUGAAAAAGUUUUCCGUAUUCUACCUGGAGCAGGGCUUCGAAGUUCUGGUGGCCCAUCUCAGUCCCUGGCAGCUGAUAUGGCCAGUUCACGGAUCUCAAGCGAUAGCCAACGAUGUGUUGGCUUUCUUGCGCAACAACGACCUGGAACACGGAAUGGUAAUUCAUGGAUUUUCAGUCGGUGGAUAUCUGUGGGGCGAAUGUCUAGUCAAAAUCCACCAGGAUGAGGCGAAUAAAGUCAUUCUGGAUAAGAUCAAGGGUCAAGUUUGGGACAGCGUGGCCGAUAUCACCGAAAUUCCGGUCGGUGUGCCGCAUGCCGUCCUACCAAAGAAUCCAACGCUCCAGAGCGCCCUGAGGGGUUACAUGAAUUAUCAUUUGAAGUUGUUCCACGAAGAGGCGACCCAGUAUUAUGAUUUCAGCUCUAAAACGUUCUUCAACGAGCCGAGCCGUUGUCCGGCCCUCAUGCUGAUAUCAAAGAGCGAUCCAAUCGGAACGGAAAGCGCCAAUCAACGACUGCGGGCCACUUGGGAUGCUCUAGGAAUGAAGACAACCAUGAAGGUGUGGGAUCGUUCGCCGCACGUAGGCCACUUUUACAAGUACAGGGAUGAGUACAUCGAGCUGUUGCAGGCCCACUUGAGCUCUCUGCAGCUUACCGGUGUUCAAGCGCGUAAAGCUAAGCUUUAGUUACCUAUCUUCCAAAGGUUUUUUAGUUGAAGUGAAACCCCUUUAUGAAGUUUAAGAGUGAAGAAAAAAGAUCCUAAACUACCACCACUCCAUGACCUGUGAUACCCCGAAUUGACCUGCGCGUAAUUAUUCGCGACGGAUUUCAGUUAGCAACAACAGACAGUCAUACCAUACCAUACUUAGUCCAGAAGAAAUCGAACCACAACAGUGCGUGACGUGUAGAUCCUAAUCUAUCAACCUUCCAAAAAUACCGAAUCUAUCACGGGUGUGUGCCUCCGUUUUGUUUUUGUUACCACACGAAUAAUCUAAUGAUUGUGAUUAUGAAAAACGCUCUAUCUAGAUAAGGUUUGAGUUUUAGAAUAUCAACAGAAUAAAAAAUUAAAAAUAAAACAACCAUUUACGAAAAUCUGAUUCGCGCU